CCGGGCUCCCAGCAGCAAGGUGAGGCGGAGCUGCGCUCCUGGGUGAACGCGGGCGGAGCUCCGCGGCUGCGGGGGAGACUGCGAUCGAGAGCGGGAGCGAGGCGGACAGCGGAGGGGGAGCCCGCGAGCCGCCGGGCGGAAAGCCCAAGCCGCGCUGUCGCCGCGCAGGGACGACUUGGCCAACACACUCACACACACACACACACACACAUACACACACACACACCCAGCCCGAGCGGGCGCUCGCGGCGAACCGUCAACAUGGCGCUGGGGCUCUUGCCCGAGCGCGGGCGGCAGCGGCGGCGCGGGAGCUGCUGAGCCUGGCCGAGCCCAGUCCAGCUGCGGGAACCCAGAAGAUCGCGUGGAGCUGUCGCCACCUGCCCUGAGGCUCCGAUCCCGCUCCGCUCCGCCCCGCCCCACCCCCACGCGGCCCUGAGCCCACCCCUCCACUGGGCCGACCCCGAGGGCAGCCGGCUGGCAGCAGACGGCGAGGGAGGCGAGCGAGAACGGCGCCUGGAGCGGGCUGCGGGCAGCCGGGGACGGCAAACUUUGCUGCUCGCCGCGCUUCCCCGGUCCGGCUCCUUCUCCGCUCGUUAACUUAGCCCUCCCUCCCCCACCCCAACCCUGCACACCUCUCCCGAUCUACCCAGCCGCCCCCCGCUCCUUUUCGCCGCCUCGACUCUGCUCGAAGGAAAACUUCAAAGCGUCGGAUCGAAAGCUCCCAGCCUGCUCCCCGAUUGGGGAUUUCAGACUAGACGCUUGAAGCAAAGCUGCCAUCCAAGAAGACGACAUGCUUUCAGCAACCCCCCUGUAUGGGAACGUUCACAGCUGGAUGAACAGCGAAAGGGUCCGCAUGUGUGGGACGAGCGAAGACAGGAAAAUUCCUGUAAAUGAUGGUGACACUUCAAAACCCAGACUGGAACUGAGGGAAGAGAAUCCCUUGAAUCACAACGUGGUGGACGCCAGUAACGCCCAUCGGAUUGAUGGCCUGGCAGCACUGAGUAUGGAGCGCACUGGCCUCAUCCGGGAAGGGCUCCGGGUCCCUGGAAACAUCGUCUAUUCUAGUUUGUGUGGACUGGGCUCGGAGAAAGGUCGGGAGGCAGCCACAAGCACUCUCAGUGGCCUUGGGUUCUCUUCCGAAAGAAAUCCAGAGAUUCAGUUCAAACCGAAUACAUCUGAGACCGUGGAAGCUUCUGCCGUCUCUGGAAAGCCCCCAAAUGGCUUCAGUGCUAUAUACAAAACCCCACCUGGAAUACAAAAAAGUGCUGUAGCCACCGCAGAAACCCUGGGCUUGGACAGGCCUACCAGUGAUAAACAGAGCCCACUCAACAUCAAUGGUGCUAGCUAUCUGCGGCUGCCCUGGGUCAACCCUUACAUGGAGGGGGCCUCGCCAGCCAUCUACCCUUUCCUUGAUUCGCCAAAUAAGUAUUCACUGAACAUGUACAAGGCCUUGCUACCUCAGCAGUCUUACAGCUUGGCCCAGCCGCUGUAUUCUCCAGUCUGCACCAACGGGGAGCGCUUUCUCUACCUGCCACCCCCUCACUACGUCAGUCCCCAUAUCCCCUCAUCCUUGGCUUCUCCCAUGCGGCUCUCCACACCCUCAGCCUCCCCAGCCAUCCCACCUCUAGUCCACUGUGCAGACAAGAGCCUCCCGUGGAAGAUGGGGGUCAGCCCCGGGAACCCCGUCGAUUCCCAUGCCUAUCCUCACAUCCAGAACAGUAAACAGCCAAGGGUGCCCUCUGCCAAGGCAGUCUCCAGUGGUCUGCCAGGGGACGCAGCUCUCUUGUUGCCCCCCUCACCUCGUCCCUCACCCCGGGUUCACCUCCCCACCCAGCCCACUGCAGAUACCUACUCUGAGUUCCAUAAGCCCUACGCCAGGAUCUCCACCUCUCCCUCGGUCACCUUGUCGAAGCCAUACAUGACUGUCAGCAGUGAGUUUCCCACGGCCAGGCUUUCAAACAGCAAGUAUCCCAAGGCUCCAGAAGGGAGUGAGAGUGCCCAGCCAGUGUCUGGGCACCUGCGGAAGACAACGGUUCAAGACCGAAAAGAUGGGGGCUCCCCUCCUCUGUUGGAAAAGCAGACGGUUACCAAAGACGUUACAGAUAAGCCACUAGACUUGUCUUCUAAAGUGGUGGAUGGGGACACUUCCAAAGCGGACCACAUGAAAAAGAUGGCUCCCACAGUCCUGGUUCAUAGCAGGGCUGCAAGUGGCUUAGUGCUCUCCGGAAGUGAGAUUCCAAAAGAAACCUUAUCUCCUCCAGGAAAUGGCUGUGCUAUCUAUAGAUCUGAGAUCAUUAGCACGGCUCCUUCGUCCUGGGUGGUGCCCGGGCCAAGUCCUAAUGAAGAGAACAGUGGCAAAAGCUUGUCCCUGAAAAACAAGACACUGGACUGGGCGAUACCGCAGCAGCGGAGUUCCUCGUGUCCUCGCAUGGGCGGCACGGAAGCCGUGAUCACGAAUGUUUCAGGGUCAGUGUCGAGCGCAGGCCGCCCUGCCUCUGCGUCUCCAGCCCCCAACGCCAAUGCAGAUGGCACCAAGACCAGCAGGAGCACCAUGGACACCACACCAUCGGUCAUUCAGCACGUGGGCCAGCCCCCAACCACGCCUGCCAAGCACAAUGGCAGUACCAGCAGCAAGGGCACCAAAGCCAGCAACCCAGAACCCAGUUUUAAGGCAAACGAGAACGGCCUUCCGCCGAGUUCAUUAUUUCUGUCUCCAAAUGAAGCAUUCAGGUCCCCACCGAUUCCCUACCCCCGAAGUUACCUCCCUUACCCGGCACCUGAGGGCAUUGCUAUAAGCCCCCUCUCUUUACAUGGCAAAGGACCUGUGUACCCUCACCCAGUCUUGUUACCCAAUGGCAGUUUGUUUCCCGGGCACCUUGCUCCAAAGCCAGGCCUCCCCUAUGGGCUGCCCACGGGCCGGCCAGAAUUUGUGACCUACCAAGAUGCCCUGGGUUUGGGCAUGGUGCACCCCAUGUUGAUCCCACACACGCCCAUGGAGAUCGCUAAAGAAGAGAAACCCGAGAGGCGGUCUCGAUCCCAUGAGAGAGCCCGCUACGAGGAGGCAAGCCUCCGCAAUCGGUUUUCUGAGAUGCUGGAGGCCAACAGCACCAAGUUGCACCCCGAAGUCCCUGCUGACAAAAACCUGAAGCCGACACCUAGCUGGAACCAAGGGAAGAGUGUUGUCAAAAGUGACAAGCUUGUCUAUGUGGAUCUUCUUCGAGAAGAAGCCGAUGCCAAGACCGAGGCAAAUGUAUCCAAGCCCGGCUUCACAGCCGAGAGCGUUGGCCAGAGUGCCGAGCCCACCAAACCUCCAGCCGACCUGGCCCUGCAGCAACACCGUGAUUUCAUCUCUCUUCGAGAGGAGCUGGGGCGCAUCGGUGACUUCCAUGAGGCUUACCCUUUCAAGCAGGCUACAGGCCAGCCAGUCUUCAGCUUAGGCAAGGACAAUGUACCGACAGCAACCAACAAGGAGAAUCUAGGGGUGCCAGUCGCAACUCCAUUCUUGGAGCCAACUCUGGGGAGCGAGAGCCCUGCUGUAACUUUUGGGAAAACCCAGGAAGAUCCCAAACCGUUUUGUGUGGGCGGUGGUGCCCCUGCAAGUGUGGACGUCACCCCCACCUAUACCAAAGAUGGAUCUGAGGAGGCAGAAUCCAAUGAUGGCAAAGUGCUGAAACCGAAGCCAUCGAAGCUGGCCAAGAGAAUCGCCAACUCGGCGGGUUACGUGGGUGACCGAUUCAAGUGUGUCACUACCGAACUGUAUGCCGAUUCCAGUCAACUCAGCCGGGAGCAGAGGGCAUUGCAGAUGGAAGGAUUACAAGAGGACAGUAUUUUAUGUCUACCCGCUGCUUACUGUGAGCGUGCAAUGAUGCGCUUCUCAGAGUUGGAGAUGAAAGAGAGAGAAGGUGGCCACCCAGCAACCAAAGACUCCGAGGUCUGCAAAUUCAGCCCAGCCGACUGGGAAAGGUUGAAAGGAAAUCAGGACAAAAAGCCAAAGUCGGUCGCCCUGGAGGAGGCCAUUGCUGACCAGAACGACAGUGAGAGAUGCGAGUACAGUUCUGGAAACAAACACGAUUCCUUUGAAGCCCCCGAGGACAAAGAUCUCCCUGUGGAGAAGUACUUCGUGGAGAGGACGCCUGGGAGCGAGCUGCCCGCUGACCAGGUGGCUGCGGACAUGCCGCACAGUCCCGCCCUCCGGCUGGACAGGAAGCGCAAAGUCUCAGGUGACAGCAGCCACACCGAGACUGCUGUGGAAGAGCUGCCAGAAGACCCUCUGCUGAAAGCCAAGCGAAGACGGGUCUCCAAAGAUGACUGGCCUGAGAGGGAAAUGACAAACAGUUCCUCUAACCACUUAGAAGACCCACAUUAUAGUGAGCUGACCAACCUGAAGGUGUGCAUUGAAUUAACAGGGCUCCAUCCUAAAAAGCAACGCCACCUGCUACACCUUAGAGAACGGUGGGAGCAGCAGGUGUCAGCAGCAGAGAGCAAACCUGGCCGCCAAAGCAGGAAGGAAGUGACCCAGGCAGUUCAGCCUGAGGUCACAGCCCAGGGGAAUAACCUCACCGAAGAGAAACCUGGCAGGAAAAGGGCAGAGGCCAAAGGCAACCGAGGCUGGUCGGAAGAGUCCCUCAAAGCCAGUGACAAUGACCAAGGCUUGCCUGUGUUCUCCGCCUCUCCGCCCAUAAAGAGCCUUUCAUCCACCAAUGCGAGCGGCAAAAAGCAGACUCAGCCAAGCUGCACGCCAGCCUCGAGGCCGCCUGCCAAACAGCAGAAAAUUAAAGAAAGCCAGAAGACAGAUGUGCUGUGCACAGAUGAGGAAGAGGAUUACCAGGCUGCCUCCCUGCUGCAGAAAUACACGGACAACGGCGAGAAGCCAUCCGGGAAGAGACUGUGCAAAACCAAGCACUUGGUACCUCAAGAAUCCAGGCGGAGCUUGCCAAUUCCUGGGGAAUACUACGUGGAAAACACGGAUGGCAAGGUGACUGUCCGGAGAUUCAGAAAGAGGCCGGAGCCCAGUUCAGAGUACGAUUUGUCACCAGCCAAGCAAGAGCCCAAGCCUUUCGAUCGCUUGCAACAGUUGCUACCAGCCUCCCAGGCCACACAGCUGCCACGCUCCAAUUCCCCUCAAGAGGCCACCCAGUCUCGCCCCAUGCCACCCGAGGCACGGAGGCUAAUUGUGAACAAGAACGCCGGCGAGACCCUCCUGCAGCGAGCAGCCCGGCUGGGCUAUGAGGAAGUGGUCUUGUACUGCCUGGAGAACAAGAUUUGCGAUGUGAAUCACCGUGACAACGCAGGUUACUGUGCCCUACAUGAAGCUUGUGCUAGGGGAUGGCUCAACAUUGUUCGCCACCUCCUUGAAUAUGGCGCCGAUGUCAACUGCAGUGCUCAGGAUGGAACGAGGCCUCUGCACGAUGCUGUGGAGAAUGAUCACUUGGAGAUUGUCCGCUUGCUUCUUUCCUAUGGUGCUGAUCCUACUUUGGCUACUUACUCAGGUAGAACCAUCAUGAAAAUGACCCACAGCGAACUGAUGGAAAAGUUUUUAACAGAUUAUUUAAAUGACCUGCAGGGUCAAACUGAAGAUGACUCCAGUGGCGCUUGGGAGUUUUAUGGCAGCUCUGUGUGUGAACCAGAUGAUGAAAGUGGAUAUGAUGUUUUAGCAAACCCCCCAGGACCAGAAGACCCGGAUGACGAUGAUGAUUCCUACAGUGACAUGUUUGAAUUUGAGUUUUCAGAAAGCCCUCUCUUGCCAUGUUAUAACAUCCAAGUGUCCGUCGCUCAGGGGCCACGAAACUGGCUACUGCUUUCAGAUGUGCUGAAAAAGUUGAAAAUGUCCUCUCGCAUAUUCCGCUGCAAUUUUCCCAGUAUGGAAAUUGUCACCAUCGCAGAGGCGGAGUUUUACCGUCAGGUUUCUACAAGUCUCUUAUUCUCUUGCUCCAAAGACCUGGAAGCCUUCAACCCUGAAAGCAAGGAGCUGUUAGAUCUUGUGGAAUUCACAAAUGAGCUCCAGACACUGCUGGGCUCCACCAUGGAGUGGCUCCACCCCAAUGGCUCAACCUCAGAAGACUACUGGUGAGCGCACCAGCCCCGCCCAGCCCCGCCCUGCCCCGCCCCGCCCCACUGUGUACAGUGUGUUAUAGUGUUAAUCCUUGUGCAUAUGUGUCAUAAUACGACUAUUUCUGUAAAGAAAGGACACUAUUACAUAUGAAAAUAUCUCUUCUUUAUAUAAGAGAAAUUACUCCUGUCAGAAGAACUUAGAAACCCGCUGUUUUCUUUUUAAAAAUUUUAAGUCAGUUUUUACGAAAUGACAAUGUUCUUUUACUUUUCAAUGCACAUGUGCUUUGAGAUAUGUAUGUUUGUUUUUACUUGGAACAUUUGUUUCUUUUCUUUCUUAAGGAGAAAAAUGGAGCUCCACACUUUGACGUAAUUUCAUACAAAGCUCUGGUGACAGGCCCUAAACUGUAAUGUGUGGUCAGAACCAUGUGGUUGGUUGUGGGAGCGAAUUUGGUGGGCACUUGUGGUGGUGUACUUUUAUGUUUUGUUUACAGAGUACCUGCUUGGGCCAGGUAAAUGCUAUUGGAUGUAAUCCAGUAGUGUGUAAUAUACAUUCAAACCAUGUCCACACACAACAACUAAUUGUAUGAAACUUUUAUAUCCUAAUUUAAAAGCUGUGAAAUUACUUUUCACGCAUCAAACCGGAUUGUUUAUAUGUUUAAACAUUUUAUGCUCUUAUUUAAAGAAGACUUUGAGCUAUUUUUUUCUGUACCCUGUAAAAUAUUGAAAACUAACAUAAUAUGUUGAGGUUGCUUGAAAACUGUACAUAAAACUAAAAUUUUCUGAAUUGUGUGUUUAUGUUUGAAAUCUGUGUUUUAACUUUGUAAGUAAAUUCUCUGCCUUUGUAUUUAUAUUUUACAAAAAUUUUCUUAAAAGGCAAUAAACCUGUUGAGGAAAGAGAAAAUUGAAGUACAUGGUGUCCUAUAUAUUCCCAAAGCAUCCUUGUUGACACUGGUUUCUGUUCAAUGAUGAAUUCCCUAUGGAUAACUUACAAACAAGGUACUCUCUAUAAACCAGAGCAAACUAGAGGAUUCCAGAGGAAUUACGCUCAGAAUAGGAUUUGAAGUCUUAUUCUAAGAAGCUAAUACUUACACAUACAUCUGUUAUCUUACCCUAGGUUCUGGGG